GCUACAGUCUGCACGAGGAGUAUUUGGAAAUACGCGCCUUGACUUUCUGUCAGCCGUCGAUGAAAAUACAUUUUCUUAACUACAUCUAACCCCUAUAUCUCUUCAAUACCCACUGCACAUGUAGCACACUGCAAACUUUGUCGUACUUAAGUCUUUGAACAGAAGUUUUUUUCGAGGUGUGUUCGCAGACAUGCAGUCAUCACCAAACUUCAGUCUCCGUUCUGCUGUGCAUCCUUGCAGCCCCUCGACCAGCGCUUCGCCAAGAUAUGCUUUCAUAGAUUUCUUGAAUGUGGGUCAAACAGAGACUAUAUCCCAAGAAAUUGCAAAUUUAACAGAGGAUGCAGGGCUGGACCUGGAGGCAGAAGAGAGUGUUCAGAUUGGGACUAUUCAAGGAACAGUUGUUGGCCUGCGGUACUAUUCUGGAGUGGUCAAUAAAGGGGAGAUGGUGUCAUUGGUGAGAGAGCCUCAGAAUCCCUAUGACCGAAAUGCAGUGAUGGUUGCCAAUGUUUAUGGGAGACAAGUGGGGCACAUCAAAAGAGAACUGGCUGCUGCAAUGGCCUAUAUUAUGGACAACAACUUGGCAAGGAUGGAAGGGGUUGUGCCAUAUGGGGAUAAAAAUAAAUUCACAAUGCCGGUGAACCUCACGUUCUGGGGCAAUGAAGAGAACAGAGAAGCUGUGCACAAUCAUAUGAGAUGCCAUGGUUUCAGACUUGGCACUGAUUUCAAAGGAGGCACCACACAUAUGUCUACAGGUAGAGAUCCAUUAGGAUUGUUCGGAUUCUCCUCCAAAAUUACUGCAAUUCCCUUGACUGUUGAAGAGCUGAAAAAUGCCUUUGACAAGCUCUUUGAUGAUUUAAUGGAGGACAAAACGAGAGAGAUGGAGCCAGCAGGAGCAGUGUGCACUCCCUUGCUCCCACAUCAAAAGCAGGCGCUCUCGUGGAUGACUUCCCGUGAAAACAGCAAUGACCUGCCCCCUUUCUGGGAGCAGAAGGGUGGCCUUUACUUUAACGUUCUCACUAACUUCGCUGUUAAGGAAAGGCCAGAGAAAGUGCUUGGAGGGAUUUUGGCUGAUGACAUGGGGCUGGGCAAAACCCUCACCACCAUUGCCUUGAUAGUCUCUAAUUUCCAAAAUGGGAAACCUCUGCCGCUGGAAAAAUGUGAAGGAUCUUCUAAGCGUUCUACUUCCCAGAAAUCGUUGGCUUCUAAAGAAUGUAAGGAAUCGGAGGGGUCAUCCCAACUGAAAAGAUUGCAUGUUGACAGUGGCACUGCUGACACCAAUGGGGAAGAUACUGAAAAGUCUACACCUCAGAAGAAAGCAAAAUCCACAAGAAAAACUGCUAAAAAGUCAGCCAACACAAAGAAAGAAGUGGUUCUAGUGGAUGAUCUGGACUUUGCUGCUGCUCUGGACUGCAGUUCCACACAAGUCAAGCCUUCAAAAAAGAGUGCAAAGAAGAGUUCUGGUACUAAUAAGGGCCCCUCUGGAAGCAUUGGGGGCUCAGGUGCCAGAGCCACUUUAAUUGUGUGUCCUCUGUCUGUCCUUGGCACCUGGCUGGACCAGUUUGAACAACAUAUCCGAGCUGAUUUCACAUUGAAUGUUUACCUGUACUAUGGAUCCGAGCGCAAGCGCUCAGUCAGCCUUCUGUCUGGACAAGAUGUGGUUCUUACAACAUACAAUGUUCUCUCGUCAGAUUAUGGGAACAAGGCCAGCAGUCCGCUGCAUAAAGUAAACUGGCUGAGAGUGGUGCUGGAUGAGGGUCACGUCAUCAGAAACCCCAGUGCUCUUCAGAGCAAAGCUGUACUGGAGCUCCAGUCAGCGCGCAGGUGGAUCCUGUCUGGGACGCCUAUUCAAAACACUCUGAAGGAUCUUUAUAUGCUGCUGUCUUUCUUGAAGCUGAAGCCUUUUGAUGUGAAAGAGUGGUGGAACAGAAUUAUUCAGAGACCUGUUAACAUGGGUGACAGAGUUGGACUAAAGAAUUUGCAGGUGCUGGUAAAGGGGAUCACCCUCAGACGCACUAAGACAAGUAAAGUGGGUGGCCUCACUGUGGUGCAGUUACCUGAGAGAAGAGUGUUUGUUCAGCAUGUGACACUCUCUGAGGAGGAGAGGGAAGAGUAUGAACAGGUCAAGAGGGAGGGGAGGAACAUCAUCGGCAGCUAUUUCCAAGAGGGGACUGUCAUGACAAACUAUGCUGAUGUGUUGGCCAUCUUGGUCCGUCUUAGGCAGUACUGCUGUCACCCUAGUCUUGUGGGGAAAUAUACAGGAGCAGGUGAUUCUGUGACCCCCACUGAGCUGCGGGAGCGUCUCAUCAAUAAAAUCACCCUGGUGCUGAACUCCGGCUCAGACGAGGAGUGUGCUGUCUGUCUAGACUCCCUACGUCAGCCCGUCAUCACGUACUGUGCACACGUCUUCUGCAGACCCUGCAUCUGUGAGAUCAUCCACUCAGAAAAGGAGCAGGCUAGAUGUCCCCUGUGUCGUGCUCCGAUCAAGACCAAAGAGCUGGUGGAGUAUCCUGGGGAAGAGGUGGAUAAUGGAUCAACCGAUGCCGAGAAGUGGCGAUCAAGUUCCAAAGUAGACGCUUUGAUGAGCAACCUGUUGAAGCUGCGGAAUGAAGAUCCCACUGUAAAAAGUCUUGUGGUCUCUCAGUUCACCAAGUUUCUAAAUCUUUUAGAGGUUCCAUUGAGGGAAUAUGGGUUCUCUUUCACACGCCUGGAUGGCUCUAUGAAUCAGAAGAACAGAGCACAAGCAAUUCAGGACCUGCAGGACUCCUCUCCGGGAAGCCCCACUCUCAUGUUACUGUCACUCAAAGCUGGAGGGGUGGGGCUUAAUUUGACUGCUGCUUCUCAUGUCUUUCUGAUGGAUCCAGCCUGGAAUCCAGCAGCAGAAGAUCAGUGUGUUGACAGAUGUCAUAGGUUAGGCCAGAGCAGAGAUGUAGUGAUCACUAAGUUUAUUGUGAAAGACUCUGUGGAGGAGAACAUGGUGAAGAUGCAGAAGAAAAAGCAGGAGCUUGUGGAAAAGGCUUUUGGGGCAAAAAACCCACAGGACCGGAAAAAGGCGCACAUAGAUGAUAUCAGAGCCCUCAUGGAGAUUUAGUUACCAGGUUGUAAGAAUUCUAACUCAACUGCUGUCAGUUGGUUUCAGUUUGCUUUGUUGAAGGC